AUUCCACUCUAUUAGUCCGUGCCAUAACUAUCAGCGUCUUAACCCAUCUCGUGCUCCACUGCAGAUGGUCGUAGUCGGAUUGCCUUGUCAAAUUCACAUCCGCCACCGGCAAGCUCUUCAUUGACCGUCCAUGGAGAUCGCGAUUGCUUGAGCUUCGUUCAAUUAGGAUGUCGAGUAGCGGGCCGCAAGGCUUGUGGAAGAUAUAAAAGCCUCGGACGCAGAGCCCAUCGCUACCACAUUUCUUCUCAUGCCGGACGAAAAGAGCGUCGCACUUUCUGCCUCAGGCACCCGCGACCCGGCUACACCUUCACCGACGCUGUCCCCUUGUGCUCUCGGUGAAGGCACAGAAGGAUGUCGGUGUCAUGACUUCUUCUUCCUUCCUAUCCCAUCAAGACUGCGGUACGACCCCUCGAAGCCGCCGCAGUUGACUCUUGCGCUCAAUAUCAUGUUCGCUGCAACGACCACCAUCUUCGUGUCCACACUGUACUAUUGUCAACCUAUGCUGAUCGAGUUAGCGCAAUCAUUUGAUGUAUCAUACAACCGCGUGUCCAACAUCCCAACACUCAUGCAAGCCGGCUACGCCGCAGGGCUGCUUCUCAUCGCCCCUCUUGGCGACUUGGUCUACCGACGUCCCCUCAUCCUACUUCUAGGUGCCACGACGUCCGCGCUGAUGCUCGGCAGCGCCUUCACCAUGAACUUUAUCGUUUUUGAGGUGAUCUCCGUCUUCGCUGGGAUGUUUAGCUGCGUCUCGCAAAUUCUCGCUCCUCUCACGGCAGAUCUCGCCGCACCAGAACGCCGUGCCUCCGCAUUGUCGAUCCUCAUCGCUGGCGUCCUCCUUGGUAUUAUGUGCGCGAGGAUUGUUGCCGGUAUCAUCGCCGAAUACGCGUCGUGGCGGGUCGUGUACUACGUAGCCGGCGGUCUCCAGGGCGCCACGGUGCUGGCGCUAUACUUUGUUCUCCCGGAUUAUCCGGUCAAGAACAAGGGUCUGUCGUACUGGAGCAUCCUCUUCAGCAUGGCGAAGUACUGCGUGACGGAGCCGCAGCUGAUUCAGGCUGCGCUAGUCAGCAUGGUAUCCAUGGCGUGUUUCAGUAACUUUUGGGUCACCUUGACAUUCUUGCUCGACGGCCCCCCUUAUUACUACUCGACACUCGUGAUUGGGCUCUUCGGCCUCGUAGGCGUCUUCGGCAUCGUGCUCGCCCCUUUCGUCGGUCGUGCGAUCGACCGGCUGUUACUACCGUGGACCUCUGCGGUCGUCGCAACUGUCGGCCUUCUCGUCUUCCAAGGAAUACAAACCGGCGCAGGUGGUAUCAACAUCGCGGCUGUCGUCAUCGUGUGCUUCGGCAUCGACGUCUUCCGCCAGUUCCAGCAAGUCUCUCUAAAUACGAUCAUUUUCGACAUCGAGCCUUCGGCGCGGUCGAGAAUGAAUUCCGUGGUGCAACUCUCGGUCUUCGUCGGGCAAAUCAUGGGCACAGCAGUCGGAACAGAGGUCUUCCUGAAGGACGGCUGGAGACCUGCGGCGGCGCUGUCCGUCGGGUGGUCGGGGUUCACCCUCAUCGUGCUAUUGCUUCGUGGGCCAUACUGUAAACGGUACACGUGGUUUGGCUACGAUGGCGGCAGGGGUCUACGGAAAAGUAAAACAACUUGCGGCGAAAAGGAUGAACCAGAUGCAAAGGCAAAUAGCUCUGAAGUCAACACUCGGGUUGGUUCGCGGGAAUACGUUGUAACCUUGGAGGAUAAGGUAUUAGAUGUGUAGUAACUAGUGUUGUAGAUCUACGCUUGCGAUCGCCCCGUUAGAUACGGGCUGGAGAGCGCACCAUCUUACCUGCUUCGCUGUGAUUUAUUGCUUUUGUUAUGGAUCAAAGCCUCUGGUUGCCAAAUUUAUUUUG